AAGCAGCCGCGGUUACGCAGACGAAUUGGCAGUCUCACUAGAGAAAUUGCGCCUUUUCCCGUAUAGGCUGAUCCAAGCCAUGAACUUCGCUCAAAUAUUCCUCGUGGUCUGUCUCUUGACUGCCUCGUGCAGCUUUCGGGCUUGUCACGGCGAAACCAAGCCGGAAGCUCGAAACGAUGGCACGACCGCAACCACAGGGACAGAAAGCGAAUACAACGAGGACAACUGUAUAGAGAUCACGCUCCCAAACAUUCUCCAGAUUGAUGAGUGCCUUGGAGAUAACCUCAACCUCUGCAAGGGAAAGACAACUCUCACUGAAGGCGUCUUAUCUUUGGCAAACUGCACCGUUAGCGGCGUUGUUAGGAACUUGAGUCUAGUAAAAGCCCUGGUCACCGUGAAAGAUCUGCUGGUGGCCCUCCUCGGCAAACUCGUGCCAAGCUUGGGCACAGUAUUGAAUGGAUUGGACCUGCUUUCUCCGCUUGCAAGCAAAGAUAUUAAGGACAACGUCUGCUACGGAGAUAUAAAAAUUACCGUUCCUAACAGCCUUGGAAAAUGCGUCGACGAUACGCUCAAGCUUUGCAAAAAUGGAACGACAAUUGACACUUCCAUUGUAGAAUCCCUUGUCAAGACAGUUGGGUGCAUCGUCAAGGACUUGUUCACCACCCCACCAGACCAGACAGUCAGCAACCUUUUGUGCGAUAUUGCGAGAACUCUGUCGGUCGUUCUUGGAAAAGUUCCUGGCGGCGGCAUUCUAAGCAAACCAGUAACUCAAAUCUGCGAGUCGAAGUAGCCUCUGCAUGCUACAGCUAACCCACCUUCACACUGAUCCCGCCAAUAAAAGAAGGAAACAAA